UAAUAAACACAGUAUCAUUCAAAUGCAAGAUCAAUCUGGGCAAAAGGAUUAUAAAAGGAAAGGUAAACAACCUCCACCUGUUCCUAAUAAAAGGCAAAAAUUCGAUCAGGACAUUAGCUCUCAAUUUGCUGAAAAAACAUUAAAUCAGCAAAAUUAUGAAGUAUGGCUGACGCAGGAAGAUGUUGCUAAUAUUGCAAGGAUUUAUGGGUGGUACGGAGAAAAUAGUAAUGUACUGUUUGAAGUGAUUGGAUCAGUAGGACAAUUAGAUGUUGAGUUAAAACGACAUAAAGAAAUACUAAAAGCAUCUAGUAAACAAUCACUGAUAUUUAUUAUCAAUUUGAGUAGUAAUCAUUGGGUAACACUGGUUAUUAUUAAUCAAAAUCAGCAAUUUUCUGCUUACUACAUUAACUCUUUUGGUGAUGAAAUAACAAGUGAUAUUUAUGAUAAAUUAAACUCAGCAAUGCCAGGAAUUCAGAUCAGUAAUCCCAAAUUUAAGCAGCAAGAAGAUGGAUAUAAUUGUGGAAUAUUUGCUUUACAGAAUGCGAGAAUAAUUAAUGAUGAAAUUAAGUCUGGCAAGACUAACUUAGAAAUUGAACAGGCAUUGAAAGAUUAUAAACUAACUUCAGAUGAUUUAAACAAUAUGAGAAAAGAAUUUGCGGAGAAAUUACGACAGCAAAAAGCUAAGCUUGAUUAUGAAGGAAGUACGCUAAAUGAUAGUAGUGCUAAAAAAUCAACGGAAAUACAAGAACCUAAAGCAGUGAAGGGGCCAAAUAAUGAAUAUUCUAAAUCUGGAUUGGUGCAUACCUUACAUGGAGAUAUUUAUCAGCUAAAGUUAUUAAUGCUGUUUGUGAAAAGAGGAUUAGACAGAGGGUAUCUUUUUGAAUUAGCAACAGAAAUGGAUGCAGCUAAAAAGUUUGAUGAUUUGGUUUUUCAAUAUAAAAAGAAUAACGCAGAUGGAACGGAAGAAAGGGUAGGGAGAUUUUUGCAGGCUAAGCAUAAACAAGAUGAGGAUAAAAAGAUCUCUGUUAAUGAUUUACUUACAGAAACAGAAGGAGACUUUAGUCUACAAAAAUACUUUAUUUCUUAUCGUAAAAUCCAACAAAAUCAGGAGUUUAAGAAUAGUAAUUUACAAUAUAAAGAUUUUAUUAUCUGUACGAAUAUUGGUUUUAAAUUUGGUGAUAAAAGAAGCAAUCUGACGCUAAGUGAAGAUAUUUUUGAUCACAAGACGGAUGAAAAUGAAAUCUUAAACACUAAGCUUUUUCAAUUUAAGGAUGAAUUCACCGGAAGGGAGGAGAUAUUUUCAGUAUUAAGAAACGCUCCUGAUUUAACUAAUCUAGCAAAGGGACUUGCUGAAUGUGUAUUAGAUGGUAAGUCUAUAAACGAUGAUAUUCCAAAAAAAGAUCGAGUAGGUAAUCUUUUCAAAUCAUAUCAAAGUGCGUUGAUAGACGAAGUUAUUGAUAAAGAAAGUUACAAACUAAGUGUUGAUUUCGUGAAAGGACAGCAACUGUCUUCAAGGGCUGAAAAUCUUCGAGCCGCUUUUAAAAAAGUAUUUGAUGAUCGGAGAAAGUCUUUUAAUUUAGAUGAUGAACCUUUUAUAACAAAUCCAGAAAGGUUUGCUCAGGAAAUUGCUAAACUAAUAAAAAGUCAACCUAAUAAGGUCAUUAAAAUUGAGAAAAGAAAGCAUGAUAUAAAGAAUAAUUUUCAAAAGUUAGCUGGUUAUGUAUUAAUAAAAAAAGAUAACAAGAUCAAGUUCAGCACAGCAUUUUUAAAGAAUUAUGAAUUGCCAGGUAAUUUAAAACAAUUUAGAGAAGAGUUAAGAAGGUUUCCGGAGCUUAACCUUAAACAAUGCGAGUUUGAAACUUAUAAAGACUUCAAAACUUGUGAGGAAAUAUAUGUAGAUAAGGAUAAUUUUUGGGAAAAAAUAAAGGAAAAAGAAUUGACGUUGUUUAAGGAUUUUGGAAAGCGAGAUAUCAAUCUCCAAUCCAAAUUUGUAGAAAAAUUUAGUUCUUUGCUAAAAGAAAGUGAAUCCAAAGGAAAUCUAGUUGUAAUAAUAGAAAGAGCAGACCAAAUUAUUAGCAAAAAUAUCGAUAAACUAGCCCAACAUGUAUUGAUUGAAAACGAAGACGAGAUUCGAUUUAGCUCAGAAUUUUUGAGCGAUACUCAACUACCAGGUAAAUUAAAUGAUUUUAGAUCUCAAUUAAAAGCUAAACUUGAGGAGCUCAAGUUUGAUUUGAACAUACUUAAAGAGUAUAAAUUUUAUAUCAGCAAUUUUCCUAAAUUUAACUUGCCAAACGAUAGUAUCGAAGAAAUAGAAGAAAAUAUAAAAGAUUUUUUAAAAAAAUUAAGGUUUGCAGUCAAUCAGCCAAAUGAAGAUAAGCUUGGUGAAAUGAUUAAAGACGAGUUGGGUAAAGAAUUUAACACAAUUGAUAUAAAAAAUGUUUAUGGUAGGUUCUUGGAGAAAAUGCUGGAUUGGAUGAAAGCCAAAAAAGGAAAAUUUUUCUCACAUGAGGAAGGAAAGACUUUUUUUGAAGGAAUAAGGGAAGAUAUUUUAGGGACAAUUUGGUUUAAUAUGAAAGAUCCAGUAACGUUAUUCACUGGAAGAAAAAGAGAGUUAAGUGAUUUACAUAAAGCAUUGCAGCGAAACCAAGGUAAAAAUAAGGGUACAGUAAUAUCACAGAUGACCUGUAUUAGUGGUUUGGGAGGAAUAGGUAAAAGUGAAUUGGCUAGAAAGUAUGCUUAUGAUCAUUGUAAUGAUUAUGAUGGCAAUGUUAUAUGGAUAAAUGCUGAAAAUAAUGAUACUCUUAAAGACUCUUUUCUUAAUCUAGCUAGAGAUGAUAAAGUAUGUAUUCCUAUAAUGGAUAAAGAUAGAAAAGAAAAGGAAAUAGAAACUAUUGUUAAAGAGAUAUAUGGUUUUUUUGCAAAGAGGAAAAGUUUAUUUAUUUUUGAUAAUGCUGAAAAAAAUGAUGACUUGAAUACAUUUUUACCACAUCGUGAUUUACCUCCUAAUGCUAACAAGCCUUACCUUUUAAUUACUUCUCGUAUUAGAGAGUGGGGAAAAGGAAUAGAAUUGAUAGACCUAAAAGAAUUAGAGUUAGAAGAAGCAAUAGAAUUUGUGAAAACAGGGCUAGGUAUAUCUAAAGAAGAUGAGUCGCAAGACCAAGAGAUAAAAAAUUUAGUAGAAAAACUACAGUGUUUUCCUUUAGCUAUACAACAAGCAACAGCAUAUAUUGAAGACCAGAGAGUAACAGGAGAAUUUGGAAUUAAUGAUUAUUUGAAAGAAUAUGAAAAAAAGACAAAAGAUUUACUUGACUCGAACGAAUUUAGAGGAAUCGAUAAUCACUACGCCAGAACAACUUUUACAACUUGGAAAAUUACAAUUGAUAAAAUAGCUAGUAAUGAACAACAUGGAGAAUUAGCUUUAAAGAUUUUAGAUACUAUUUCUUACUUUGCACCUGAAAACAUUAGUAGAGAAACAUUUUUAAGUUUAGCAGAAAGUGAAGAAAAGUUAAGGUUAGCUCCUAGGUUACUUGUGAAUUAUUCUAUGGUAAAUGGUGGGCAACAGCAAAGUGUAUUAAGUAUUCAUAGAUUAGUGCAAGAAGUAAUAAGAAUAAAUUUAAAGGGUGUGGAUAGAGACCAAGAGGUGUUAAGAGAAGCACUAGGACUGUGGAGAGAUAAUAUUAAAGAAUGUGAUGUAGACCAUCCUAUGUCUGUUUGGGGUUAUGCAAGUAGUAACCAUGAAUUAGUGAAUGAAUUUAGCAAACUGCCGCGUAAGAUUGUCGAAAAAUUAUUUGAGGAUCGAAAAUAUAAUAAAGCUUUCAAAUUUGAGCAAGAGGCGUUGGAAUCGUUAAAAAUAUUAGGAGACGAGCACUUGGAAGUUGCUAUAAUGAAUCGAUAUUUAGCUAAUGCUUAUGGCGAUAGAGGUAAAUAUAAGAAAAAAAAGGAGAUUCUUGAAGACGAGGUUUUACCUAUUCUUAAGGAACAUCACUCCGAUAAACCUGUUGAAAUUGCUAGUACACUGAGAAACUUGGGUGUCGUUUAUGGAGAAUUAGAAAAUUAUGAGAAACAAAAGAAUUAUCUGAAGGAGGCUUGCAGGAUUUUUGAGAAAGAACUUGGAAAGAACAAUAUUGAACUUGCUAAAGCAAAAAGAAACUUGGCUAAUGCUUAUGGCGAUUCAGAUGAAUAUAAGAAAAAAAGGGCGAUUCUUGAAGACGAGAUUUUACCUAUUCUUGAGGAACAUCACUCCGAUAAACCUGUUGAAAUUGCUAAGACACUGAGAAACUUGGGUGUCGUUUAUGGAGAUUUAGAAGAUCAUGAGAAACAAAAGAAUUAUCUGGAGGAGGCUUGCGGGAUUUUUGAGGAAAAUCUUGCUUAUGACGAUAUUGAACUUGCUAAAGCAAAAAGAAACUUGGCUAAUGCUUAUGGCAAUUUAGAUAGAUAUGAGGAAAAAAAGGCGAUUCUUGAAGAAAAAGUUCUUCCUAUUUUUAAGAAAUUUUAUGGCGAUGAUCACGUUGAAGUUGCUAAAGCAAAAAGAAACUUGGCUAAUGCUUAUGGCGAUUUAGGUAGAAAUGAGAAAAAAAGGGCGAUUCUUGAAGAAGAAGUUCUUCCUUUUCUUAAGAAAAAGUCUGAAUUUGAUAAUUCGAAGUUUAUAUCGAAGUUGAAAUCGAAGUCGCAAAAAAAUCUUAGUAAAGCCUAUGAAAAAUUAGGAUAUCCUCUUCAUGCAGCUGUUAUUUGUGGUAAUAAGGAUAAAGUAGAAGAAGAACUUAAGAAACAUGAUGUUAAUCGUCAAACAGAUGAUUUGGUCACACCAUUACACCUAGCUGUUCGAGAUGGUCAUUUAGAUAUUGUAAAACUACUACUAAAGAAACAAGCAGAUCCUGAUAUUGAAGAUAAUAAUGGAGAAACUCCUUUAGGGCUAGCUAACAAGCAGUUGAAUCAAAAUACACAAAUUUAUCAAGAAAUUAUAGAUAUUUUUAAGUCAAAAUCUAUUAAUCAAUAACAAGAGAAUCCUCCUGUAAAUCGAGGAAGUAAAGUUUUAUCCGAAUGUAAUAAAUAGGAAUAUUGACGUAAUUUUAUUCCAAGAUUUUGUUGACGAAACAUUAAUGUUUAUUGCUUUGCGCUCUUUGAAUUUUUUUUAAAGAAUUGAAGAUUUUAGUUGGUCCUCAUCGACCAAGGACGUGUUUGUAGACAAGUACUAAUUAAUUUUAUUCCAAUAGAGUAUUUGUUAAUUUU